AUGGAGCCCAAGAAGCUGCUGAACAUUGGAUUUCUGCUGUGUUCCAUGAGUUGCCUCUUGUUGGAGACUGCAGCUUCCUCUACAUCACCUUUAUCUGCCUUUGGAAUACAAGACAAAGCAGGAUCGAAACCACGCUCAAGGGAAAACCACAGGUUCUGGCUCAGUAACUUCAGAGAUUACUUGUGGGAUCUCAUCAAGAGCUCCAUACCUCCAGCAGCUAUUUUUGCUUUUCUUCUCACCAUAGUCCUAGAGGGGACCCUCUGCUGCCUCACGUAA